AAGAGAUCGGCUUAGAUGCACCGAACGAGCGCAACAAAUGGCCCCGCGCUCCUCACCUAACCUAGUAUACUAUUUAUGCGCUACUAGAAUCGUUCAACUCGCAAGUACACUAGAAUUGACGUAGAGGAUAAAUAUAUUAGAACAUUAUAUUUACAAUGUCAUUCCCCAAAGUUCCUCCUAGCGGCAUCUGGGCGCCGGCCGUGACUUUCUUCGACCCCGAAACUGAUAAUCUAGACACGGAGUCUCAAGCAACAUACUAUUCAUACCUUUCCAAGACCGGCCUCGCUGGUCUAGUUAUCCUAGGAACCAAUGCCGAGACUUUCCUCCUCACCCGUGAGGAACGAAAGACGCUACUCCAAACGGCCCGUAAAGCAUGUGGGCCAUCGUACCCCAUCAUGGCGGGUUGCGGUGGACAUUCCACGCGCCAAGUGUUAGAAUUCAUCACCGACGCGGCAGAAGCCGGGGCCAACUACGUACUUGUCUUACCCCCGGCAUACUUCGGCAAGGCGACUACUCCGGCCGUAAUCGAUAAUUUCUACGCCGAAAUCGCUACCAAGAGCCCUCUCCCCGUAGUGGUGUAUAACUUCCCGGGAGUCUGCAACGGCGUAGAUUUAGACUCGGCUACUAUCGCGAAGCUAGCGAACACACACAGCAACAUCGUCGGCGUGAAGCUGACCUGCGGCUCCGUGGCCAAGAUCACACGUCUCGCUGCCGAAUUACCGUCGGAACGUUUUGCAACUUUCGGAGGACAGUCGGAUUUCCUAAUCGGUGGUCUUAGCGUCGGCUCCGCGGGAUGCAUCGCCGCGUUCGGCAACGUCUUCCCGAAAGCCAUUGUGCAGAUCUACAAGCUGUUCAAGGAAGGGAAGCAUCAGGAGGCGCUAGCCUUACAUCAGAAGGCAGCGUUGGCAGAGCAGCCCUGCAAGGCUGGCAUUGCUGCGACGAAAUAUGCCGCGGCGAUUCAUACGGCAAAAGCGGCAGGUAUCGAGGGCGCAGUGGAGAAGUUAAAGCCGAGACGGCCUUAUAUAGAACCCACUGAUGCGGCCAAGAAGAAUAUCGAAGCUCAGAUGGCUGAGCUAGCUGCGAUAGAAUGCACACUAUAGCAUUAACUAGGGUGGAGUAGCGCACCUUGUUCUCUACGUAAAAAUAGAAGUUACAAGUGCCCGACAUAUCAACACAAGAAAUAACAGAAAGAUCAAAACUACUAGCUGUGUGUGAAAAUCUCCGCUAAUGAUCAUUGCUUCUCGGCCUCAUUUAUUAUAUCUCUCACUCACUCCUACUCGGUCUCACUUCAUAGUGUAGAAGAACCGAUGUUCGGAUAUUCGUUUACCAACUCUAUGAUAGGCAUGAAACACUUAUUCUGCGCCCAUUCCGGAGUAACAUUAUCAUCAUGAUGCUCAGCCC